UAUAGGCGAUGAUGAUAAAGAUAGUUUUGGUCUUUAUGAUGAUGAUGCUGAUUAUACUGAUACAGGUGGUGAUGAACAAUUACAAACAUCGACUAAUCAAAAUUCAAUUCGUCGUGCAACAUCAUCAGCUAAAUGGCUAACAAAAAUAUUUGCUGAUGAUUGUGUACAAAAAUUAAUAAAUUUUUAUGAACAAACACCAUCAUCAAAUCUUUAUUUUGAUUAUAUAGCUGCUAAAGAAUGUCUUCAAACAUAUCAAAAUGAAGAUUAUCUUGUUAUACAUUUAAUUACUUUAAUUACAUUUUUCAUUCAUGUCAUGUCCAUCAACAAGUACCCAGGCAGGGAUAAGAAUGGUAAAAUGGUAUUAAAAUGCCUUCAAAUCGUAAUAAAAAUAAUGGUGUAA